AUGUCGAAAUUCAUUCUUACAACCACCAAACCAUUCAUACGGUCUGUUACUCAGUAUGUUUCUUACAAUCCCCGGCGCUACGUUACUUCCCCUCCAAACUCUACCGCCUUCGACACUCACGGCUUCGUCAAACGUCUCGAGCAAGAAGGCGUCCCCAAGCAACAAGCAGAAGGCAUCAUGCUUGGUCUCUCCAAUGUUAUCGACGAGAGUGUCAGGAAUAUGGCUGCAGAUAUGGUCAGUCGUGCGGAACACGACAGAAAUCACUAUACCCAGAAAGUUGAUUUUGCUGCCCUAAAAUCUGAAAUACAACUUCACGAGAAGAGCGACCUUACCUCCCUUAAAUCUGAAAACGAGAGACUUAUGGGGGAUGUAGAGAAACUCAAACAGAGAUUGAGAGAGGAGAUCACCCGCACUCAAGCUGGUGUCCGACUCGAUUUGAACCUCGAGAAAGGAAGAGUCCGUGAUGAAUCCAGCGUUCAGGAACUUAAAUUGAAGGAGGUGUCCGCGAGGAUGGAGAGUGAAGUCGCUGCUGUACGCACACAAAUGGAGUCAUCUAAAAUGGCACUAUUACAGUACAUUAUUGGUAUUCUCACUGGUGGUGGUGCACUCCUCCUCGCUUACCUGAGGUUGAUUACAUGA